ACCUUCCUUCAGCCAAUCAGGAAACGGCUACAAGGGAGCGCGCGAGGUUUUCUUCCCCGCGCACCCGUUCUCACCGUUAAACGGCUGUGUCUCGCGACAAUCCCAAAGUCACCUUUUAUCCCCCCUCCGGAGCUCAACGUGCGCUAGGGACAGUGGGAGGGGCAGGUCUCGCGAGGAGGUUGGUGGGAAGAAAACGCACCUCUUUCCCCGCCUCGCGCGCACCCUGGCCAGGCUGCGCGCGCACCUGCCUCCCUAAGGAGCCGCUAAUGCCACAAGGGCUCUAUCCUUCUUCCUUAAGCCGCGGAAGUAGCCUCGGCGUUCUUCUGCCUGUACCCCGAUCCCACUUUCCUGUCUGUGGCCUUUCUGUCCCCAACGCCGCCAGGUCUUGCGGGGAGAAGGGGAAAAUUUUUUGAGCUGUCGCUUCUCCUUUAAGAAAAAAAGCCCCGUCGGCUGCCGGAUGAAAGUCUCUGAAAAAAUGGCGGCGGCAGAACAGAGGCGGGGUCGUGAGGGCAAGAAGGACCCGCCUGUUGGCGCAGGCGCAUGGUUAACUUGCCCAAAGGCAUGCUGGGUGAUGAAGUCCUAUUUAUUUUAUAAUUCAGGAGGAAAAAAGAUUGGAAACCAGAGGCGAAGAGGAUGUUGGGAGCUAUUGACUGAUGCAGGAUGGGAAUGGUAGUUUACUCUUUGCGCAGUAUGCCUUAUUAGAGGAACUGGAACGCUCCACCCUCCAGGACAGUCAUGAAUGUUCCAGUCCAGCUCCUCUUCCCCUGGAUCAGCAUUCCAGAAAGGAGAGUAACCUUGAGGAGGCAUCAAAGAUCCUUUCUGUUCAGGAUGACACAAGUCCCUUGCGGGUGCAGCUCGUGUAUACUACCAAUAUCCAGGAGCCCAAUGUCUACAGUGAGGUCCAAGAGCCAAAGGAAUCACCACCACCUCCUAAAACCUCAGCAGCUGCUCAGUUGGAUGAGCUCAUGGCCCACCUGUGUGAGAUGCAGGCUAAGGCUGCAGUGAAACCAGAUGUCAGCAAGAAACACUUGCCAGACAAACGGGACGACAAGGCCUCCCUAGACUCCAUGCUGGGGGGUUUGGAGCAGGAUUUGCAGGACCUUGGAAUUGCCACAGUGCCCAAGGGCCACUGUGCUUCCUGUCAGAAACCGAUUGCUGGAAAGGUGAUCUACGCUCUAGGGCAAGCAUGGCAUCCAGAGCACUUCGUCUGCACUCACUGCAAAGAAGAGAUUGGCUCUAGCCUCUUCUUUGAGCGGAAUGGCUUGGCCUACUGCUGCAAGGACUACCACCAUCUUUUUUCUCCACGCUGUGCCUACUGUGCUGCUCCCAUCCAGGAUAAAGUGCUGACAGCAAUGGACCAAACCUGGCACCCAGAGCACUUCUUUUGCUUUCAUUGUGGAGAGGUGUUUGGUGCAGAAGGCUUUCAUGAGAAGGACAAGAAGCCAUAUUGCCGAAAGGAUUUCUUAGCCAUGUUCUCACCCAAGUGUGGUGGCUGCAACCGCCCAGUGUUGGAAAACUAUCUUUCAGCCAUGGACACUGUCUGGCAUCCUGAGUGCUUUGUUUGUGGGGACUGCUUCAGUAGCUUUUCUACUGGCUCCUUUUUUGAGCUGGAUGGACGUCCCUUCUGUGAGCUCCAUUACCAUCACCGCCGAGGAACCCUCUGCCAUGGAUGUGGGCAGCCCAUCACUGGCCGCUGCAUCAGUGCCAUGGGCCACAAGUUCCAUCCUGAGCACUUCGUGUGUGCUUUCUGCCUGACGCAGUUGUCGAAGGGCAUCUUCAGGGAACAGAACGACAAGACCUAUUGUCUACCCUGCUUCAAUAAGCUCUUCCCAUUGUAAUCUUAGCUGAACCCACAGCCUCUUCAGAUCCCCUCUAAAAUGUAAACCAAGAGACGAAAGAGUACACUUGUUGUUACUGACCUUCUGCUCAAUAGGCUUGUAGAGAAAGUAAAGGUGAUGAACAAAGAAGGGAACUUCUAGAUGUUACAUGACUAAGCUUGUAUACUUAAGUUUUAGAUUUCUAGUCUUUUUUUAUUUUUAAUUAGGUACUUGAAUUUAGAUCUGGGUCCUGUUGUCUAGUGCCUCUGCAGAUGUAUUUUCCACAUGCACACAUUGAUUCCAUCCCUGGUUGUCUCAGACUUCUCCAUUUUUAUGCCUAUGAUGGCCCUGCUCAUAUCUUGUCUCCUUUAGCCCUCAUCACUGUCCCUUUUCAAGCUUUCCACGUUUCCCUGUGACUCAUUUUCCCAUAAUCACUUCUGCAGACUUUAUUUUGCUGUUAGGAAUCGUGAUCCUACUCUUAAGUUCUUUGCAUCUCCCUUCCGUAUAUUUCUCUUUUUCAAGAGGAAGUAGAUUUUAACUGAACAACUUUAAAUUCUGACAUCAUUGACAAAUAAAAUGGCUUUCGGUUUUAAUGACUCAUUGUCAUGUUUGGAGACAAACUUUCUGCUUCCCAUGUUCUCUGCUAGGCAGUAUGUGUAAUUAAAUUUGUAUCAUAUGUCUUGUUACUUUCAUACAAUGAGCGCUUUUUUUAAUCAAAAGAAAUUAAAAAGAGGGACUCCUAUUCCCCAGUAACUUCCUGCUUAAUUUGGGCCCAUAACAUUCCUUUUGUUUUAUUUUUUGCACUUAGAUGAUUGAAUCAUCUUGAAAGAUGGCAAAGAUUCUUAAAAUUGUUUUCUCACUUUGUUUACAUAAGGAGAAAAACUGAAUCUCCGUGAGGCGUUUGCAAGUUCAUUUUUGCAUAUGUUUGUGUAUCUCCAAACUCAUCAAAUUAUAUACAUUAAAUAUGUCUAGUUUUC